CAACCGCGGGAUCUCACUGACGCGUCAGACAUAAUUGGUCUUUAUACUAUUUUUAAAAAUCAGGCAACGUUUGGAGAGGAUGAGGAGUCGUUGGGUGAAGCAUGAGCUGCCAGGGUAUCGGUCUUAGACGACUGUCUGUGCUGCGCCUAUGGGAGGGGCUCGCUCUGAGCCUGUGCUGCUACUGGACCGGGACUUGGGUUGUUGCUGCUGCAGCCGGACCCAGUGAUGAUGGUGGUACCGCUGGGCCCAUGGGCUGGUUGCUGUCGGACAAAGGGCCCUUCCACCACUCUUUGGAUUUCACUGAGUCGGUGGAGAGACACCAGCAGGGCUACACUACCAGAUACAAGAUGUUCAGGGAGUUCGGCCGAUGGAAAGUCAACAGCCUGGCGGUGGAGAGGCGGGGCGGCAGCGGCCUGACUCCGCCCCUUGACCCUGACUUCAUGCGCACAGUCAGGCAGUUGGGGAGGCGGCCCACCCUCCGCAGGAUCACUGAGACCAUUAUCAAGAAGUACGGGACUCACCUCCUGCUGUCCGCCACUCUUGGAGGGGAGGAGUCCUUGACGAUAUUUGUGGAUAAGCGGAAGCUGAGCCGAGGCCCAGAACCAGGGGCUGGAGCUGAGGGCAGCAGCCACAACAAUACGGGGGCUGGGGUGGUGACCCUGGAGGCCCUUCACCAGCUGGCUGCCUCCUACUUCACCGACAGGGAGAACACCCUGCGCCGUCUCCACCACCUCCAGAUCGCCUCCACCGCCAUCAGGGUGACUGAAACCAGGACAGGCCCCCUUGGAUGCAGUAACUAUGAUAACCUUGACUCUGUCAGCUCAGUACUGGUCCACAGUCCAGAAAACAAGAUCCAAUUACAAGGACUCCAGGUCAUUCUGCCAGCGUACCUGCGGAGCCGCUUCGUCCAGGCAGCCCUCAGCUACAUCGGCUGCAACUCGGAGGGCCAGUUUGUGUGCAGGGCCAGUGACUGCUGGUGCCAGUGUAGCCCGGACUUCCCAGAGUGCAACUGUCCACAGACGGACCUCCAGGCCCUGGAGAACAACCUGCUCCGCCACAGAGAGGCCUGGACACUGGCCAACGAGGAGUUUGAGGAAUCAGAGGAGUUCCAAAGCUUCGUCGGAAGGCUGCCAACCCAGUACGCGGUGAACAAAUCUGCCGUGGAACACUUUUGGAGGACGGAUGGGGGUCUGCUCCAGCGCUACAGGCAGCUGGAGACCACGAGAGGCCUGCUUCUCGACAAAGCGCGCCGCACCGCUAACAAGCUCUUCAGCCUCAUGAAGAGAUGCCGCCAUCAACCCAGAAUUGAGCUGCACAGGGAGAGACCCCUCCGCUACUGGCUGAGCUACAUCCUGUCCCUCCUGUACUGCAGUGAGAACGACCACAUCGGCGUGUACUCUGAGCAGACCAGGAGCUGUUCCUGCCCCUACCACCUCUCUUCCUGCCAGGGCCCCGUCCCCUGCUCUGUGGGAGAAGGCCCCCGCUGUGCGUCUUGUUCCCCCGAGAACCGCACCCGCUGCUCCAGCUGCAACCCGGGCUUCUUUCUAGGCCAGGGGCUCUGCCGACCCGCCGUACCUGACCCCACGGAUCCUUACCUGGGUUUGGAGAGCGACCGCGACCUUCAGGACUUGGAGCUGCGCUACUUACUCCAGCGCCGCGACUCGCGCAUUGCCCUGCACGCCAUCUUCGUCAGCAGCGAUGUGCGCCUCAAUGCCUGGUUCGACCCAUCGUGGCGGAAGAGGAUGCUGCUGACGCUGAAGAGCAACCGCUACAAGUCCAACCGCGUGCACAUGCUCCUGGGGGUGUCGCUCCAGGUGUGCCUGACCAAGAACAGCACGCUGGAGCCUGCGCUGUCCGUGUUCGUCAACCCGUUCGGGGGCAGUCACUCGGAGAGCUGGACCAUGCCCAUCGGCCAGCAUGGCUACCCCGACUGGAACAGGACCAAGCUGGAUAUCCCCCUGGACUGCUACAACUGGACCUUGACACUGGGCAACCGGUGGAAGAGCUUUUUCGAGACCGUCCAUUUCUACCUGAGGAGCCGCAUUAGGGAUUCGGGGCCAGGCUCGGGGGUUGGGGGACACAGAAAUGCUAGUAGAGCGUACUUUGAACCACCAGAGGGCACCGUGGAACCUGUGGAGGCGUAUUCAUCCCAGAACAUGGGCUACAUGAAGAUCAACAGCAUGCAGCUGUUUGGAUACAGCAUGCACUUUGACCCAGACGCAAUCCAGGACCUAAUCCUGCAGUUGGACUACCCGUACACCCAGGGAUCCCAGGACUCAGCCCUGCUGCAGCUGGUAGAGGUCCGCUAUAGGGUCAACCGCCUCUCCCCUCCAGGGGCUCAGCCUAUGGACCUGUUCUCGUGUCUGCUCCGUCAAAGACUGAAACUGUCCAGUUCAGAAGUGACCAGAAUACUGGCUUCUCUACAGGCUUUCAGUGCCAGACAACCAAACUUUGUGGAGUACGAGGCAACCAAGCUAUGUAGUUAAUAAUGGGCAGGUGGGCGGGGCCAAUGUGAUGUUUUUUGUAUUAACCCAAUCAGAUACAAUGUCAGCCCCAUAGCCUAUAUCUGUUUGUGUUGGUGUUUGCCGUUCAUGGCGUUAAUUGUAUAUAAGUGUCAUUAAAUUUGAUGUUUUUAUCAAUACCGGUCAAAAGUUUGGACACACCUACACAUUUAAGAGUUUUUCUUUAUUUUUUACUAUUUUCUACAUUGUAGAAUAAUAGUG